AUGUCGCCGGCUGAAGAUGAAAUAGGAUCUGAUACACCCAAAAACCAGCGCAAGAAUCCUCCUGCACAAGUCGAACAUCCCCCUCCCCAGGAAGACCAUGCACCCCGUUCAGCCGACACUCCUAGCUUGGAUCAUCCAUCCAUACACAUCUCGGACACGCCCUAUCAACAUGAUGUUUCACAACAUCGCGGUCAGGCCCCAAAAACUGCCGCGGAGCAGGGAUCCGCCGACCAUUCGGGCCGCAACUCACGGCAACCACCGCAUAACGGCAACAGACGGGAUGACUUUGAACAACUCGCCCUUCUAGCCCACGCGCUACAGUCCGACCCUUUGCACGAAUCCUCUUCAGCUGCUUCAGGCCGAAUCAGCCUAUCUGGACCCAGCGAUCGAAGGAACAGUGGCUACCAGAAUCCCGUCCCACAGCCCCUUGGCGUUGCCGGACAGAACGGCUCCUACGGCACCUUGAUGUUGGGUAAAGGAGGUCGGUCCAAGUACCUGGGUCCGACGGCCGGCAGUGAAUGGUUGAAAGAGUCGGAAACCCAAGACGCAUCGGACAGUCCCCCGGUGACCCGCGCUCCUUCCCCAAAGAUCCCAGAGUCGGUUCCAUCCCAGCCCUACCGCUUGAGUCCCGGUACCACUCCCAUCGCCUUUCCGUUCAACGUGGCAGCCUCACACGUCAGUACUCGGGAGCUGCUUUCCCGCCUACCCGCCAAGGAGGAGGCGGAGACAUUGGUGGGAUCGUACUAUCGCUAUUGCGCUUGGCAUCAUGAUGUUGCUCCCAAAGCCAGUUUCCAGAAGAGCUUCGACCGCGUCUACAAGUUUGCCGAGGGAGUGUCCGUAUCUCCGCGGGUCAAUCCGCAGGAGAUUGCGCUGGUGUUCAUCGUCAUGGCUCAAGGCACCUUGUUUAACAUUGAGAUGCCUAACUAUGACCCAUCGGCCGAGGACUGGCUGCAUCUCUCGGAGUUGGCUCUGGUGAAAGGGCGCUUCCUAUCUAACAACAUGGUCGCCGGGCUACAAACUCUACAUUUGAUGGCACAUCUGCAUCUACAUUUGGAUAAAGGGGGCCGAGGGGACAAUGCCUGGCCGCUCUGGGGUCUGGCCAUGCGGUUAGUUCAAGCGAUGGGAAUGCAUCGAGACGGUGCCCGCUGGAAUCUCCCACAGGAUGUGAUUGAGGAAAGACGCAAGGUGUUCUGGGAGUUGAAUGCCGCCGACACCUUCCAGGCACAUUGCUUCUCGAGGCCAUGCGCUAUGAAUCCGGAGCAUUGCGAUGUCGCAUUCCCUUCCGAGCCGGAGAACGCAACCGGCGAAAAGAGCUAUUCGAUCCUUCGAUUUGAGCUCUCGCAGCUUUCGUCCGAAAUUCUCCAUAUGGCGAUGAAGGUGCACAAACCACCGUACUCGGCUGUGACCGACCUCGACAUUAGACUCGGCGAAUUUGAGCGCAAUCUGCCGUUUUCCCUUCGUUGUCGAGCCGCGUUUCUGUCCAUGCCCUCUCGCUACCCUCACGUCGAAGCGGCAAUCGAGGCAUCGCCCGAACCCUCCCGGAGAUCAAUGACCAUUUCUUUUCAGCAAAUGAAUCUAGCGCUCAACAUUUCGGAGACGAUCAUCAACCUCCAUCGACCAUAUUAUGCGAAAGCACUGUACGAUAUCAACGACCGGAUGAGAUCCGUCUACGCGCCUUCAUUCUUGACCGUGAUAGAGCGUUGCGCCAUCAUCAUCGCAAUUGUCGACGACAUUCACACCCGUUUCCCCGCGGUCAGCACCAGACAAUGGAACUUCUGGUACCACGUCUUCGGCUCCGCUCUCUGCCUGGGAACCCUCGUGCUGCGCGACCCCAGCAACCCCAUGGCCGCCUUCGCUCUGACCCAGCUCGACGCCGCAAUCAACCUCUUCACCUCGCUGAUCCAACACGGCGCCAACACCCCGCGCUACGGCCGGAACCUGCAGUGGCUGAUGAGGCUGCGCGCGCGGGCGUCGGCCAAGAUCGCCUCCGCGUCGACGCAGCCGGCUGCUGCGCGGGAUGAUGCGGGCCGGCCGGGGGACCGAGCCCGCGAGGACAGCGAGGACGUCGAGCUGCUGGGCUGGCGGACGCGGCUGAUCGAGCGGGCGGGCCAGGGCCGGCAGACGAUCCGGACGACGAUCCAGCUGGCGGAUGAGACGCCCACCGACUCGCCGCAUGGCAUUGACGUGGGCUCGAAGCCGUCGCCGAAUGACCUCCAUCAUCAUCCUUUCGGGGUGCUGCAGGGUGAUCCUUCGAUGAUUGUGGCGGGCUCGUCGUUGCCGCUGGUGACGCCGGAUUCGACGAAUGAGCUGUUGCAGGACUUUUGGGAUCCGAUGCUUCUUCAGGAUCUGUUGGGGAGCAUACCGCUGGGCUAG